AUGUUUGGUGCGAAAGGGGCGUGGCGUCGCGUGGGCGGUUGUCGCCCGAAAGCUCGCGGUCCCCUCAGUUUUCUGGAGCAACUUGUCAAGUGCACAGGCCGGCGCCAGCGGAGAGAUGCCGAACCACGAGACGACCAGCCUCAUCGCCACCUACCUCAUCCUGGUGCUCCUCCUGGCCAGCCUCUGGCUACUCUACUCGGGAAUGUUCUGAGG